AUGCUCACAUUGUAUUUCUCAUUGAAAUUUUUAGGUGGAGGGAGUGAUCGAUCGAGGGAUAGAGACCAAAGGCGAGAUCGUCGACGAAGGUCAAGAUCACGGUCAAGAAGCCCUAGAGAUCGCAGAAGUUAUGGCGGUGGUGGAAGAGACAGAUAUAAUCGAGGAAGGUAAGUCUUGUAGCAUGGUACAGUUUUAUCCCUAGACCUUCUUUAUUUAUUCAAGCUUUUGCUUUCCUUGUACCCUCAUAGCAGGAUUGAUUUGAAACAACCCUUACUAUUCAUGAAAUGCAUUAUCUUGAGCAUUUUAUUUUUACUUAAUUUAGAUCACCGUCUCCUCCAAGAAGAAGAAAGAAGAGGUACAGGAAUUUUAUUUCAUGACAUUAAUAAUAAUUUCUUUUACUGUUAUACCUUUUGUGAGAAUGUACAGUGUACAUUGUACCUGUAGGGUUGUCAAAAGUAGUCGGCUGCCAGUGAACCGCCUACUUGGUUAGUUUUAGCCGGCUACUCUGCCUGGCAUUUCUUUGCUGAUGAUGAAGGUUUUUUUAUAUAAAAUAUCCCUUGACUGGCCGCUUACUUUGACAACUCCGUCUUCGACUUUAAAACUUAAGUUUGUGACAACCCUGACCUGUAAAUUGUUGAUGCAUGUACUGUUUUGAAGUGCUGUUUCAAUGUACAAUGUAAAUCAGUGAUUUACAGUUUCCUUUUUCUUUGUUUAUUUUCCAGAGAAAGCUUGUGGGAUAGACCUCCAAUUGGAUAUGAACAUAUGACACCGGCACAGUAUAAAGCUAUGAGAGGUGUGUUAUUUACUGGAAUAUAAUUUUACCUGUCAGGUCUGUCAUUCAGUUUUAAAACAGCUGUAGGAAAUGAAGAUUCACCCGUAACAUAUCGGAAACAGUUUACAGUGUCACCUUUACUGUAGCCUUCCACUCUGAUCACCUGUAACAUCAAGUGAGCUUAGCCAUAACAGGUGUCAUGGUUAUGGCCAUUAAAGACAGCUCUGUCCUUGGUGUUUGUCACUAAUAUUAUUAGUUAUAUUACAUUUACAUGUAUUUGUCUGUGUUUCUUUGUAUUAUAAAUAGCGGCGGGACAGAUUCCAGUCAAUGCAGGUGGUCCAGUACCUGGUGGAACUGUUAGCAGUUUGCCACAAGGAAGUCAGAUGACAAGACAGGCUCGAAGAUUGUAUGUUGGAAACAUACCAUUUGGAAUAACUGAGGUGGGUUAUUUAUUUUUGAUGCCUUCAGUACUUGAUUCCCAGGUAAUUAUUAUCUUUGAAGGUAGAGAUCUAUAACAGUGCUCUGCACUUGUGCCAUGAAACAAGAUUCUAAACUGGGACAUUGCAUGUACAUUUACAGUGUCUGCACAAUGUAUUUAAGAAUCAACUUCAUUUCAUGAUUCUGAAACACAUGUACAUGUAUUUAUAUGUUGCAGUUUAAUAGCAUGUUCCACUUUUAAUUAACUAAAAGUAGAUUUUGUAACUGUAGACUACCCCCAACCUCGUGCUUGACUCAGACACACUGUGCACUCUACUCAAAGGUGUUGUAUGAGCAAGAUGCAUUUUCCACAUGAAUAUUACAUGUAUUUAUAAAAAUAAUUCACAGUUAAUAUUUUAAAAUGCAUUUGACCUUUAUUCUAAUGUAUAAAAGGCAUUACUGCUAGCAAAAACCUGGGACUUAUCUUGUGAAAAAUCAUGAGUCCCAGUCCAGAACCAUUAAGUCCCAGUUCAAAAAACAAUGACUUCUAAACUGAAAAUGCCUGGGUAUUAUCGAGCCAGGCAGUUACUGAAUCUGAAGGCAGACUCCAAAACUCUUUAUCACAGAUUACUGAAUUGAAAUAGUUCUUCCAUUUAAACAGCAUAAAUGGGGGGACAAAAAUAAAUAUGUAUCAUUAAACAACAGCCACGUUAACAGCAACAGAAAUCACACAAGGAGGAUUUUCUACAAAGACAACUUCAGAUCCAUCGAUUCAUCUUUGCAUCCUAUGGGACGCAUCUAUUGAAUUAUUUUGCGUCGGUGGGGAUUUUUAUGCAUCAGGAAUGCAGGACGCAGAUAUGACAAAAUCACUGUGUACAUGUACAUGUAACUCAAAUGAUUGGUUUAAAUCAGAAAAUAAAGUGAACUGGUCAAAACAGGCUACUGAAAUUGGAUCUGUAGCUCUCUCAGUGACAGUACUGAAAAAUGACAUUGUUACAUUUCUGACUGAGACUAUCAUAUGUGUAAUACUUUUUUUAAAGUUUUGUGUGGAAGAAUAUGGUUGCAAAGUAAGGGACAAGGUCAAAUCAGUGGGUUGGUUUUAAUUCAUGUAUAUUUUUUCACAGUUAGUUGUCUUAAUUAUAAAUAUUUUACAGUAAUUGUUAAUUUAUGUAUGAUUGUAGAGCUUGAUGAUAGAGUUCUUCAAUGCCAGAAUGCAAGAAGCAAAGUUAAACACAGCUCCUGGUAACCCAGUUAUUGCUGCACAAAUCAACUUGGAACAGAAUUUUGCCUUUAUUGAGGUACAUGUAUGGCUGUGUUUUGAUGGUGAUUUCAUUGACUAUGUCUCCAUUCUUGGAACAUGUACAUUGUACUAUACCCUGGUAUUACAGUUGUAUUUUGAUUGGCUUUCUUGAUGAUACUAACCUCAUGUACGUGCAAAAUGUUUGCAGCUCCGUUCAGUUGAAGAGACUACCCAGGCAAUGGCAUUUGAUGGGAUCAUAUUAGAGGUAAUGAAAGAAUUCUUGUUAUUGUGCCGAGUGUUUUGUAACUCUAUAGAGUAUGUGUUAUUGUACUCUAGUUAUUGAUGAUUCCAGGUGUUCUUUGUCCUGUCAGUUGAUUACCUGUAGGCUGCUGCACACUGUACAUUUGGUUACUGAAUUAUGAUUAAUUUAUUUUAGGGCCAGUCACUGAAGAUAAGGAGACCCAAGGACUAUCAGCCCAUUCCUGGAAUGUCAGGUAAUCUCCUAUUCAUUUUCCAAACAAGGACUUUAAAAAUAUAUUCCAUGUACACUGUACAGUUGUAUGGACAAUACAAUACUACGUACGACUAACUACAUGUAUACAGUCAUGUAUCAUUAAUAUUUGCAUACUGUAUUAAUUAUUAUAGUUGUUGUCAACAUAAAAGAUAAAAAACAUCUACAGGUAAAGCAUAUAUGCAAUGGUUUAUUACGUGUAUGAGAACAAGAAAAAUUAAGAACUUACAGUAUUAACUAAUGAGUGUGUAUGUCUGCUGUGGUUUAAUUUUAUCCUUGGUUUCAAUUUUCCCCUCUGCUUUAAAUUCAUUAUCAUCCAUUAACAAACUCAAAAACAAAUACAUUGUAUAUAAGGAGGAGGAUGCAUAAAUUAUAGAAAUUUCACUAUUUUGUAAUACUUUGUGGAUAUCCUCAGUAAAGACUGAUUGUUUCUAAUGGGCAGCUGUAUAUGUUUGUUUGUGUUGCUUUGCAGAAACAGCAACAAUUCAUGUCCCGGGUGUGGUUUCAACAGUUGUACCAGAUUCUCCUCACAAGAUUUUCAUUGGAGGAUUACCAAACUACUUAAAUGAAGAUCAGGUAAAGUUGGCAGCGUAAGGCAGUGUUGAGUGGAAAGCAUUACAGGGUCAAGUCAAGAUUCUGUGUAUGAUGGCAACAUAAAUAAUUGUCACAUUGUAGAUAAAUUAUUUUAAAUCUUUCAAGAAAGCUUGAGAACGAAGAGUCUGCUAUGAUAUGAAUUGAAGAAUUAGUUGUACCUUUGGAGUUGUCUUUUUUUGGUACAGUGUUUCAGAUCAUGCGGUUUUAUGAAACAGUAAAUUAUUAGUUAUUGCUCUUCUCUCUCAUGCUUUGCUGAAUACCUUAAGGUUAGAUUGGUAUUUUGUGCGCGAUCAAAUUUGGUUAUAUUUUACCACAUAAUAAUUUUGUGCUGCUUGAACAACAUUGAUCACAAAUUUAACAACUUAUCAUCUUAUUUCAAACGUGGAGUGCAAGAAAGCAUUACACAUUAAAUCUGGAACAUCACUAGAACAGUGCACAGUCAUAAAGAAUUUCUCUGCAGACACAUUGAACCAGAUGAAUUUUGAAGGGAAUUCGAUCUAGAACUUUUUUUGCAGGAAUAUCAAACCAGAAACUAAUGCCAAAAUCGUACUUUUGUUUUUUCAGCCAUUUCUUUUCAGCAAUUUUUUUCUAGAUCAUCCCAUUGCCUUCGGCUUACUGAAAGACAGCACUCGGCAACUUUCUUUUUCAGCUUUUCUUUUUAGGAAAUCAGCAUAUCAUUAUAACUUCUUGGCAUGGCAGCAAGCUUGGAUUAUUUCUAAUAAAUUGCAUUUUACUCUGCCAAUUUUUUUACAUAUAUUUAUACACAUCAGAAUUGACAAUUCCAUAAACUUGACUAAAUGUUUACAACGGUGAUCAUAUUGGCGUGAACACCUAAAAUAUGUCUGGAAUGUUUAUUGUGAUGUAACCAAUUACAGACGAGAUCAUCACACCACAGAAACCACAGGCAACGAACAGUUUCCUAUCUGUCACGGAACAAAUUAUUUUCAUUUUGUUUUAACAUUCAGUCUUUUUACGAGUAAACAAUUGCUUUUCCUUCCUAUUUGUUUACAGUAUUUUGCUAUAAUAGCGAAGAAUACAGGUUUGAGCGAUUUUGAAAUAAAUUACAAAGCCGAUGUGCCGGGCCUACGCAGGCGACGGUUUGGCACGCGAGUUUUCAAACUUUUUGUAACGAUCAAAAUCGGUAGUUACGCCUGAUCAUAGGUAGUAGAUAGUAGUUUGAAGGUUCAAUCGUUAGUUCACACAAAUCAAAUCCCCUUGUUCUACAAAAAAAUAUCAGCAAGGAUUGUGCUAUCAGAAACGAAAACAUCACGAUUGUUCAUUUUUUAUUGUCUUCAUGUGAUAUGUCGUUACAUGGAAAGCUGGUCGCCGUCGCGUCGCGUUGGCUUCUAAAACUUUUCUUUCUAAAAUCGAACGAUGUACUGGAUGCGGUCCUUGGCACUGAUCUUGGAGAACAGCGGUGUGUUAAAUUCCUAAUAAGGUAGUUUGUAUCCUUAAACAAAACGAAAAUAAUUUGUUCCAUGACCGAUCGGAAACCAUUCUUUGCCUGUGGUUUCUGUGGUGUGAAGAUCUCACCUGUGAUUGGUUGCAACACAAUAAACAUUCCAGACAUAUUUUAGGUGUUCACGCCAAUAUAAUCACCGCUGUAAACCUCCCUCCUCUUCUGCUCCCAGUGAGAUAGUUGUGAAGAGGUUCAACUGUAGUAUGAUGUAUAGCCUGCGUGUAGAUGUCUCUUACUUCCGUUGUUACUCUCUGCUUUUUCUGAGUGAAACAAAUGAAACAAUGUGUAGGCAAUGUCCCCAUGCAGGCUAGAUGUGUAUUAACCCAUGUUCCUCUGCAACAAGCCUUCAAAAAAAAAAAGUGAUGGAAGGGACUUGGUUGAAAGCAACUGGCAGUGCUAAGUGUUCUCUUUUAGCUAGUUCUGUUUCAAAAUAGAAUUUUUGCUUCAGAUUUACGUCACGUGCCGUACAGUGCUUUCUCUAAAACAACAUUUUAGUUUCUGUCCUGCAAGCUAGUUGGUCAGAGCUUCACGUAUAUAUAUAUAUAUAUAUUUUUAAAUCAAGCCCCUCAAUAAAUUAUUAUCCACUAUUCUAUAAAUUAAAGUAAUAAUUUCACACCCUUAGUCAGAUAAUGAUAAAAUUGAAGGCAUGUCAAUCUGAAAAUAACCACCUUGCCUGAAAUGAGUUCUACAGUUGCAAACCUUGGGUGGAAAUUAACCAGCAUUUUUCAGGAGACUGUUCUUAAAUUAUUUUGCAAACGAUGACUUGGUAGAAACUAAAUGCCUACAUUUUACUUGUCUGUCAAGUUUGUUUGAUUGUCUUCUAUCUGUGGUGUGAAUUUGGUUAUCAGUGUUAAUGACAAGAUCAAUUGGCAUUUGGAAGUUACUACCCUUGGUCCAUUGAGCUGUUACUCAUAACAGGAUAAAAAUAAUGACCACUACAAUGAAAUGUGGAGUGCCACAUACAGCUGUAGUCCUCGAUCUCCCUGGAACUAAGCAAAGUUUCUUAGCUUUAAUAUUAUUGAUUCAAAUACGACUGACAUAUUUUGAAUUUUAUUUCCCCCUCAUUUAAUCCCUAGCUUAGGGGGGCCUAAAAAGGUCAUCAAAUCUGGCUAAAGGCAAGUUCUAAUUCUACAUUGAGGGUGUGGAAAGAGAGCUUGAAAGAGUGAUGUAUGCACUGCUUGUUAAAACAUUCCAACAACCUCAUACAGGCAUGAAUCACCAGAGUUCCUCUCCUUAACAGCUUUUAAGUUUGUUUUCCAUAAUAUUAUUUUGCCAUGAUUGCUUGGAUUGCUUGGAUCGCUAUCUUAAAUCUCAGUUGUUGGCAUUAUAUACCACUUCAAAGCUCCAAAUUAAUUUGUGAUAAGUUCAUUUAUUUUUCCUUUAGGGUGAUGUCAACAAUUCAGUUUAAAUUUUAGUGCCUUAUAACUAUUUUUAACCAGGUUGCAGCUGGUUAGGAAAAUAAAAUUUGCAAUAGUGAUGGUGUUUCAUGCCUGCUAUGUGCUUGUUAAUUUAUUGUCUAUGAACUAUGACUUGCCUGCAUACCAGCUCUCUGUACAGUGUUCAGUUUCAAGUCUUUAAUAGGUUGCUCCAAUAGCAAGUCCUUGUUUGGGAAAAUGUAUUUAUUGUGAAUUAUUUUAUUUUCAAGAACAAUUUAAUAAUUUGGAGAGAACAUUGGUAAUGGAAAUUAAAUAAUGAUCUGGGGAUCAAAAAUAAUCCAAAACAAAGAAUUAUUAUAAAAGUAAACAAACCUACAUGUUAGAGUUUCUGAAGGCAUUCAAUAAAAUUAAUUUGCAGUUUCUGCUUUAUCAAGUCUCAAACAAAUGCUUAUAGUGAAACCCUGGGGUUGGUUUAUUGAAAAGUGCACCAAAAAAUUACUUAGAGUGCUUCUCUAUUUGUAGCCUGUGCUGAUUUUUUGGUUGUAUCUUCCAUGACAGGUCAAAGAGCUGUUAUCAUCAUUUGGUGAACUCAAAGCCUUCAAUUUAGUGAAAGAUAGUGCCACUGGCCUCUCCAAGGGAUAUGCCUUCUGUGAAUAUGUGGACAUGAAUAUCACUGAUGUGGUGAGUUACCCAAUCUUCAACAGUGUACAGUGUUGUUGUUAUUUUUUUGUGUGUGUGUUAAUAGUUUCCAUAGAAACUGUUAAACACUAUGCAGUCAUGUCAUUUCCAUAAUGUCUGUUAAUAAGAAAUGCGAUAAUUCUGAAGGUCAGAUACAGAACACAAAUACUGUAUGAUUCGGUUACCAAACAAGGAGGGUAUUUUAUGCUUAAAUUGUUGCUUGUCAUUAUAUCAGUUUAUUUUUUGCUAAUCAAAUAAAUUUUGCAAAAAAGGGGUAAUUGUGGUCAUUGGUGUGCUACAACUCUUCUUCGACGCAAGAAAUCUUGCUCUAUUUUCUUUGACAAAAUAGGUUACAUCUCAUGCUUAAAUGACAUUGCAAGCCAAUAAAAAGGCAUGUGCGCAACAGAGAUAACAAAACUGUAAACACAUACUCUCUCUAGAGAGCUAUUUUUUCACACUGACAUACAAGUAGCCUAAAUUAGGUGUCACUGUUAGUACAAUAUUAUUAAGGUCAACAGUUGAGGGUAAAAAAGGUCAUUUUGAACAAUUUUUGUAAUUUUCAGCUCUCUGCAAGCAGUAUCAAAGGAAAUUCAGUAGCAGCAACCAAAAUUUGCAGAAAUUGGUGGUUGGCAAAAAGCUUUAAUGAGCCUAAACAUUCCUUGUAAAAUUUUAAGUUUUUCAGUCAGAAUUUCUCUGAAACUAUUUAUUUUGAUAUAAUUAUCAGGCUCAAAUUUUCACAGAUAACUGAAAUUAUAAUGCUCUUUCAAUAUCCAAGGCUGUAGUUUGUAAUUAAUAGUUUUAUCAGAUAAUGAAAAGCAUAAUAUAUGAGGCAAAAAAAAUGUAAGCAAAGAUUCCUACUGAAUCAUAGCCAAUAGUUACCAGCGCCGUACAAACGACUUAUUGACGAGAUCAAGCAAAACUAACUACGAGAGAAUGACUGGAGAACUGACAAUUUUGACCAACAAUAGAGGACUGUUUAACUGUGACAAUAGACAGAUCGAAACGCACCAAUUACUGAUUAUGAGUCUUCAUAGCCAAUAACAGCACGGCUUAACUGACAGACGACCAAUAACAUCGCGACGUAAUUGACCAAUCAGAUCAAUAACCUUGAGUAUAAUACCAUCAACUGACAUGAUACAACUCACUUUGACUCUGAAGAUGACUACUGCACAGGUUGUCGAAACUUCAGUCACUGUCAACAACAACAGUCCUAUUCAGGACUACGUUCACCUGGACAAUCAAACUCAACUUAGUUUUAAAAGAUUCCUACAUUGGUUUUACAUUAUCAGUUUUCAAUAAUGUCUAACACUACAAAAUAAGUGACCCUGUGAGCAGAGAACAGAGGUUUCUUUCUGGCAUAGCUUUUAACACGUGUGGUGUUGUUCAUGUUGCCGGCAUUCACAUAGUUGGCUUGUUUACACCCCUUUUCAGGAAGGUAAACAAGCCAAUGACGCAAAUUUCAGCAAUGCGAACGACUUGUAAAAUAAUGCUUAAAACCAUACCAGAAUGAAACCUCUUCUGGCAGGGUAGGAAUAUAUUCACAAUUAACAGCUUCCAGUGGCAUUUCCUAGUGUGAGUUUUGUUGCUUUCCAGUAAAAGCUAUGUGGUUAGCUCAGUUGUUUAUUCAUUUCAUCUAUUUCUUUAACUGAUUGUUUCUUUUCCAGGCAAUCACGGGACUAAAUGGCAUGCAGCUUGGUGAGAAAAAGUUGAUUGUUCAAAGAGCAAGUGUUGGAGCCAAGACAAAUAUGAACAAUGUGAGUAAAUCAUUAUGUCAGGCUGGUCUGGAAAAAAUUACAUUAUUAAAACAAUUUGGAUUUUUCCAAAUAAUUAUUUUGAUCACCAGAAUUCAAACCCAUCUUAAAUAGGGAAAUUUGGGUCAAAUAUUCUGAAGUUGAUUUGUUGAAUUAUUUGGGACUGUACCCUAGUUUUAAGACCAAGGCAAAUUCGUCAUUGUGUGUUUACACCCUCCAAAAAAAAACAUUUUGUCAUUGCAUCCGGACAUUUUUUUGUCACACUUCUACAAAGGAUGGUGAAGAAAUGCAGCAGAAGGUUUGAUACAUGUGCAUUUUUGUCAUGGACUGAAUAAACAUCUCUCUCAUUCAUUUACCAGGCAUAAAAUUCAGCAUCUCCUUUGUAUCAUUGCACAUAAUCACAUAUCGACAUUCUGGUCCUAGCAGCAUAUAGGAUGUUUGUCACAUGAACCUAAUUUCGUGACCUUAGCUCCCAAGUCUCUUGUAGCUCGUUGGUAGAGCAUCUCGAGUAGUAAUUAGAAGGUCAUAGGUUUGACUCCUGUUGGAAGUUCUCGGAUGUUUUCUUCCGAGCCGCCUUUGUCACUGACGGAAAAAAAAAACAUCUUUCUCAUGUGUUCACCAGGCUUAAAAUUGACCAACUCAUUUGUACAUGUAUCAUAAACAUACUGUUUUUUUUUGUUUCGCUUAUCAUCCUUUCCGUUACAAAUGCUUACAGUCCUCGUAAAUACUCUUAAUCUGUGCAUAAGGAUUCUUACUUAACUUGUAUUCAAGUAGUUAGCUUAAGGACUGAUUUGAAGUUGGUCUUGUGUGUGAAUUUCACCUAAAGUGUAGGGCCAUGCUUUAUGGACUGCGUCUACAGAAUAACCUCCUUUUUGAGGAUAUUCACCAUGAUUUAAUUUUGUUAAAAUCUAUUCAGAGUUCUACAACAAUUUCACCAGUGUACAAGGCUAUAGACACAGCUGUAAAGCUAAAUGUGACAAAACUUAUAUGGAUAAGAAUCAGCAAGCUUUCUAAGUGUAAUUUACGAAGUUGUUAGCUCAAGAUGGCUGGAUACUGGUCAAGUUGCUGACAAGCUUAGUCAAUAAACGUUGAAGGGUUUGUUACAGCUAAGAACUUCUUUCUCUUGGGAUCAAAGCAGAAAAUUCCGCGUGUACAAGAUAGGUCCUCCUUGCCCUCUUUUAGUGAGUGAACUUAUACAUGCUGGCUUGAAAUUGUCUUUAACAAACUAUUUAACGGCAAGGAUUGUAUUGUAAGAAUACAAGAUUGUAAGAAUUCACAGUAGGAUUGUAAAUCAUCGUGUUCGUCAUCACCAUGACCAUCAUCAUCAUCAUCCUCAUCAUCAUCAUUUUUUUUUCUGUUUUGUGUUUUUGUUUAACCUUUAUAUAUUUCUUUUGUUUUAGCCGGAUGCAAUGAGCAUGAUUCCUGCUCAGAUGCAGAUCCCCGGACUGGACUUGUCUGCCAGCCUCCACAACACAGCCACUGAAGUGCUGUGUCUCAUGAACAUGGUGGAAAUCGAAGAACUCAUGGAUGAUGAGGAAUAUGAAGGUACUGAACGUUUCCUCUCAACUAAAACAGUGACCUCCAGUUGCAUAUAAGUGUCAGCCGAACGGCUAACAUGUUGGGCGCUUUCGGUUAGCCCGUUUAGAAAUCAAAUGGAACGGACCAUUUCUGUUCGGUCCGACCGGAACAUUUGACUUGAGACCACCUUUGAUGGUAGUCCACUUGACCGAUCCAGUCAUUUCGUUUGGUCGGACCAAAAUUUCCCUUACCGUUUUGCAAAUUGUUGUCCCCAGUACCGCUCUUCUGUAUAUUGCUUGCAAGAACCAUAACCAAACGCGGGGUGGCUUGGAUCGGGUUUGUGCAACCGGAACUAUGUACCGUUCCAUUGGGCACUUGGAAUAUCCGAAAUUUCAAACUGGAAUUUUUUUUAAAUGGAAAACGCCUCUAGCGGUAAAAUAGAGUUUAAAAACUGUACUGAACGUCAAACGUUAGCUACGGCGUCGAACGUUGAGAUUUGUGGAACUGGCCCGUGAUAACAUAUGUUAUACUGAACCAUGAUACAUGUAGCUAUCACAAACUGGAAGAAUUUUGACACCUCUGUAGCCUAGUCUGCUACACAGCCGUUUUUAGAGUCGUCACGCAACGCUCCUCCCCACUAACGGCUGCUGAAAACCGAACUACAUUCCUUUCCCGUGAUUAGCCAAUUAUAAUUCAGCUCCCAUUUUCUGGAAGGUGUUCGCGCCACGUUUGCGGUACUGUGACUCCUCCAGUCAUAGCUUUGCUUUGAUCAGUGCCACAUGUGUGAAUGACAGAAUAAUCAAAAUCGUCGCGUGAAAACAAGCAAUUAACUACAGUAGUGUUGUCGAAGUCGACUCCUAUUCAAAAUUUAGGAGAUAAGCAGCAGCAGCAAUCAAGUCGAGCAAAUACCUUGCGAUGCACAACAUGGAUGUGCUCAUAAAGUAGCUAGGUAUAGUUUCGGGAAAUCGCUCAUCGAUAAUUUAUAAGAUGGCUUUUUGAAUCAGUACCCUGGAAAGUUUAGUCUUCACAGGAACACAAUGAGCACAUCCGGCACAUUAAAUUCUUCAUUGCAUAUCAGUACAUGUGCACGUUAAAUGAAGAACCAACCGAUCCUGGUAAAAGUCUUCUAGGUCUAUCAAACCUUUUUUUCACUUGGAACAUUCUUGACAGCUUAAAACAAACUUUUUUGCAAAUUAACCUUUUCGUUGCUUGAAAACACAGAGCCCGUCUAAAUUCAGCGACGAUUGAUUGAUUUGUCGAAAACUGAGAAGCGUGCCUGCGUCCUAGCGCCCUGCGGCUCACGUAUUGUCAAAUCUCUUAUACAUGAUUGGCUUGUUCGUUAGACCACAAACACAAAGGGAAAGGAAUGACGUUCGGUUUUCAGCAGCCGUUUGUGGGGAGGAGCGUUGCGUGAUGACACUAAAAACGGCUGUGUAGCAGACUACUCUGUAGCCUGGACAGCAUAGAAAUUUUAAAACUGGCGUGAUGAUUACUGGUAAUAGGAUUGAGAUUGAGUGGACUCCAGUUCACGCCGUCAUCUGAUUUUGUUGAUCAUUCGUACAAGUACAGGCCGAAUUGCAGGACACGAAGUUCUGUUACGAAUUUGCGUUCUUUCAGUCUUAAUCGCAAUUAUUCCUACCGACUUACUUUGUCCAAUGUAGGCGAACCCUCCUGGACUUGAAUUCCUAGGGACCAUAUCCAAGUUCAGAAAGAGAGAUAACAUUUGGUCGUUGCUUGUUUACGUAGUCCAUAAGACGCGAACUUGCUUAUGUUUACGUCGUAGUCGUGCAAAAACGGGCUGAGAAAUGUACAAACAAGCGUGAUGUACGUGCAAAGUUAUUGUUUUGCUAAUAAAACCUUUUGUUAUUUUUACGUUCUCGUUGCCGUCCGCGUCGUUGGAUCUUAAAUUCCCUAAUUACUUAUGCAUGACGCGAACUGUUGUAUCACGGCGUACUAUUGAUACUGAGCUCAGGACACGUGAUUUGAUAGCCAAUCAGAUUAGAGAAGGUUGUUUAACUCAGAAUCCAACUAGGGAAUUAAGAAUGACAAAAGAAGGAAGUGCUACAACAAUCGUGUGACCGAGACCUCGUUCCCCCUCCCUCUCCCUCCGCCCCGCCUUUUCUCUCCUCUCACACACGCACACAUACUUUAAUUCUCAGGCCCCAAACAGAAUUUUUCUGCCCUUUUUUGGCUAGAACAUAAACCGGCCAUAUAUUUUAUAACUUAAAUGUUAUUUGUAGCGCUAUACAGUGACAUGCUCCUCUUUAUAGUUUGUAGCUCUGGUUGUUAUUAGUGCAUUCACCUCAAUUGGCUCAGUAUGCUCAUUUUUUAAUCGUUGUUACUUGCAGAAAUCCAUGAAGAUGUGCGAACGGAGUGUUCAAAGUAUGGCAAAGUCAUGAGCCUGGAAAUACCAAGACCUGUAGAAGAUUUUCAGCCACCUGGCUGCGGAAAGGUAAAGCGGAACCUUCCACCAAAUUGUUGUGCAAUUUUAUCAAGAAACUAUAGUUGUACGGUUCAUUUUUAUUGCCUUGUUGCGGUGAACACUCACCAGCCAAACCUCAAUUUUGUUUUUGAGUCAGAGAGCACUAUGGUGGACUGAACUCUAGAACAUGGCCCUGUAGCUUAUGAGCAAUCUCUCAAUCUUGGGGGUAUCGUAAGAAGUCACGCGCAAACGCGCGCUUGCGUGGCUCGCUUAGCUUGACACUCAUGAAGUAUAGCGUGCUCACAAGCCAACGACCCUCUCACCUAAACAACCAAGAUCACUAUCUGGGGUGAUAAUUUAACCUUUUUCCCAGUUUUUGAGACCUUUUGUAAGCAACCACUAGGCACGUGAUGUGAUCUCCUACCGGUGCAUCUUCGGCAAGCACUUAAGGUGACAUCUCGCCAUGACGAUUUUUAACGUAUUACAACUUUGUUGCGACAUGGUUUCGAAUGGUUGCAACAUUUUCCCAACUUUGCAACGCUGUGUUGCUCUAAGAAAAUCGUCGUUGCCAGUCGUCUCUUGUAACUUCACCUUUAAAGGGCAGUAAUAUGUGUUCUUCAUUGCUGGUCCUUUGGAUAAGCAGUUCUCACAUUUUGUUCGCUUGGUGCCAUCGUUGGCUUGUCUUGGUUAAUGAUUUAACUACGGGAUGAUUUUCCCGGACCUUUUGGUUACUGUAAAUGUAAACUUAAACUUGCUUGGCCAGCAGUAAAAUGUAAUUGUCCCAAACGGCAACGAAGGAACUUGCUUUGGAGCUCUGAAUAUAGUUCUGCUUGUUUUGUGGCUCAGGAAUGGUAUGUAAUACGUGUGUACGGGUAACCUCUUGACCCUCCUCCAGGAACCGUAAUGGCGGCCUGUAAAAUAAGAUGAAUAUGAACCACACCAACCUAGCCCGCUUUCCUUAACAACUCACCCCUUUCAUUCUUUUUCUUUUUCUUUUUUUAUCCCUAGAUAUACGUGGAGUUUGCGUCCCCUGAAGAGUCAAAGAGUGCUGCCCAGGCCCUUGCGGGUCGGAAGUUUGCCAACCGUGUUGUCGUGACGUCAUUUUAUCAGCCAGACAUGUACCGCCGAAAAGAGUUCCUUUAACUGCUGUUAUCUUUUCACUUAAGAUAUCUUCUAAAUUAUUCUAUACUACUGGUACCCUGUAAAAGAUACCGACUGAUCCUUUAAUAUGUUGUGCAUGCGUUUGAAACUGUCUCUCUUAGACUCGCUUGUCACCAAAAUAAUGUUUUUAAAUCAUAUAUAGAGACAACUCAAAGUCUUAAAACAAAGUUAAUUGAGUAGCUAGGCUAGCCUGAGGCGUAAUUGUCUGUUGCAUUUCACGCGAGUUCUAGAACCGAGUAGCCGUGUUGCACAUGGACAUGCGAGUAGCACUAAGCAAGUUCGGUAACAGGCUCUGAUUUCAAUAUUUUGAUUCGAUCCACUUAGUGCCGAUGUUGUUAUGUAAUCCUGGAAAACCCUUAAAACGGAAGAUUUUGAUUCAUGGGUUCGAUUUUGACAGCAGCACCUCUUUUCUUUAGACCCCUGUUUUCUUUUUUACAGCACACCAUCGCAAAGAACCUUUUAGGAACAUGCUAGGCAACAAUACAGCCAACGGUACCUAUAAUAUAUUGCAUGUCUUUAAGAUCAAUAUUGUUUUCAUGGACGCUUUGGAAAUGCAGUAGUAAUUUAGCGUCUGCCACUUGGGCGCAUUUUAUACUUGUAAGGCCUGUGAUGCGAAUUAAUAAACUUAAUUCACCC